AUGGUCAAAUUAACCAAUAAACCAAGCUUAGAAGUAAAGGGGAACACUGUAGGACCAUGGAAGCUAGGAGAAACUUUGGGGUUAGGUUCAACUGGUAAAGUUCAAUUAGCUUAUAAUAGCUCUACUGGUCAGCAAGCCGCUAUAAAAGUUAUUUCAAAAGCUGUAUUUAAUAACGAUAAUGCUAAUGCUAGCGAUUCUGCUCUUUUAACUCCAGACUCUUUACCAUAUGGUAUUGAAAGGGAAAUUAUCAUUAUGAAAUUAUUAAAUCAUCCAAACGUUUUGCGAUUAUAUGACGUCUGGGAAACCGAUUCAAAUUUAUACAUGGUCUUAGAAUAUGCUGAAAAGGGCGAACUAUUUAACUUAUUAGUCGAGAGAGGUCCAUUACCUGAAAAUGAAGCUAUUAGAUUCUUCCGACAAAUUAUUAUUGGUAUUUCAUACUGCCAUGCUUUAGGUAUUGUUCAUCGUGAUUUAAAGCCAGAGAAUUUAUUGUUAGACCAUAAAUAUAAUAUCAAAAUUGCAGAUUUUGGCAUGGCUGCAUUAGAGACAGAAGAUAAAUUACUAGAGACUUCAUGUGGAUCCCCUCAUUAUGCUGCUCCAGAAAUCAUUUCCGGAUUACCAUAUCAUGGUUUAGAAACAGAUGUAUGGUCUUGUGGUAUAAUAUUAUUUGCACUUUUGACAGGUAGAUUACCAUUUGAUGAAGAAGAUGGUAAUAUUAGGAAUUUAUUGUUAAAGGUUCAAAGUGGCCAAUUUGAAAUGCCCGGUAAUGAUGAAAUUUCAAGAGAAGCACAAGAUUUAAUUUCAAAGAUAUUAACUGUUGAUCCAAAAAAACGUAUAAAGACAAGAGAAAUUUUGAAGCAUCCAUUAGUUCAAAAAUACCCAAGCAUUAAAGAUUCUAAAACAAUUCGGAAUUUACCUCGUGAGGAUACAUAUUUAAAUCCCUUGUCGGAUGAUAAUGGGGAUGUCUGCGAAAUAGAUCCAAAGAUCUUACAAAACCUGGUAGUUUUAUGGCAUGGCCGUGAUUCUAAGGAAAUAACUAAGAAAUUAAAGGAACCUGGUGCGAAUGCAGAGAAGACUUUAUAUGCAUUAUUAGACAGAUUUAAAAACGACACAGAAAAGGAAAUUAAAAGGCAAUCUCAAUUAAAGAAAAGGCAAUCACAAGUUCAACAGACUCAUUCCCAUUCAAAUUCAAACACAUCAGCAUAUUCCCACGUAUCUAGAGGUGCACUGGUAAAUACCCCGACUAAAAGAAAGAAUAGGGCCUCAAUGGUUAGUGUAUCAUCUGCUCAUAAAAGGCCAGUUUCAUUUAAUAGACUCUCAAGAGCUGACCUAAGCAAUCAUGUAAUUAAUACAGGGAUAAAUGGAACUCCACAGCGCCAUUCACAAAUUGAAUCGUCAGGAACUUUACAACGUAAUUCUUCAUCCAAAAGAAUGUCAAUUAAUUUAUCAUCUAACAAGAGGAUAUCUCAACUACUUGCAAAUGAUUUAAAUACGUCUCCUACACCGUCGAAUUGCACCAAGAGAAUGUCAAUAAUAAAUGGUACCCCUCCUGUUCCCAUGGAUAUUAUGAAAAAUUAUAAUGAUGCAAAUAUGGCUACAACUGUGUCCAGUUCCACAACUGUUACAACCUCUAACCCUAUAUCCACCCUAAAUAACAUGCCUCAUACCCGUUAUACCAAUGAUACCAACACGAACUUAACCGAUAUUAAUAACAAUAAACGUAACAGUGUUAUUAAUACAAAGUAUACCAAUCCUGCUAACUCCACUCAGAUAUCUACAAAUGGUCAAACUUCUGACAGUGCUGCUCAAAAUGUUAAUAGGGCAUCACGUUCACAAAAGAGAAAAUCUGUCAGGCCAAAUAUGCAACGUGGUUCAAUCACUACAAAAUUAAUUUCUACUUACGCACAACUCGCAGAGGAUGAUGAUUGGGAAUUCAUUGAAAAGGAGACCAAGAGAGUUAGCUCGAAUUUUGCUACAUUAAUUGAUAAUAUCUUCGAACAUGAAAAGUAUGAGCAAAUCAGAAAAGAAAAAGAUGAAUUAGAACGUAAAGUAAGGGAAAAUAAGAAACGUGAAGAAGAAGAAAGACUAGUAAGAGAAGCAAUUGAGAAAGAAAAGCAGAUAGAGCUAGAGAAAGAACGACUCCAAUUACAAAAAGAAAUGGAGGGGGAUAUAGAUAACGCAAAAGAAACAGUACAAACUACAGAAGGUAAGCGGGAAGCACAUAAUGACAAAAUAAAAACUGAAACAGAUGAUGAAGAAAGAGACAUUAUUGUUGAUAUUCAACCAAGAUCAGUGUCUGCUCCUUUAGAAAAAACUGAAAAAUCAAGGGAUUCACCCUUUGAUUACUCUAAACAACGUAACUUCUCCUUAAGAACCAGACCAGUUUCUAGAUUAGAUCCAGGGUUGAUGUAUUCUUCUGGGACUGGAUCUUCAGCCUAUAACCCAUCACAUUCAACCGAAGACUUACAUUCUACUAGCUCUUUGAAUAGAAUAGAUACCCAAAAAGUGAUUCUUGAAACCAUAAGAAGGUCAAAAUUUUUGGGUUCCUCCUUUGACUUAAAAAAAGAGCUAGAAAUGGUAGAGGAGCUAGAGAGCAACAGAAUCAAGCAACAAGCUUUCCAAGAUAGCCACUUAGAAGAAAUGAACGAUGUUACUGAGGAUCUAUCUCAACAUAAUGUGGAUACUUCCAAUGAUCGAAUUGUAUCAACAACAAAUGACCGUUAUGAAACAGAAAUAUUACCUAAGAGCCACGCUGGUAAGACUCAAACUAUUGGAUUGAAUGAUUCCUCAGUGCAACCUAGAACCUUAUCAGAAAUCAAAGUCCCUCAAUUCACAAGAAAGUCUAAGUUUUUUAGCGAAUCUAAUAAGAGAUUAUCGGUGUUGUCUCUGUAUUCUUCAAGAGAAUCGUUCACUAAUCUAGUUGAUAUGCUAAAAGAAGACGGCAUCAAUGUUGAACCUACUGAAAGAUCACCAACCACAAAAAGCCAGGAGCCAGAGUUCUUGUUUGAAUCUCCAAGUGUAGAUACAUAUUCCAGGGAUAGUUCCACAGAGGAUAAACCAAUCAACGAAAAGGAAAACAGUGAGCCAAUUCAAUCAAAUAAUCUAAGAUUGAGCUUUCAUGAUAGAUUUAACAGACAAUUAUCCACUGAAGAUACAGAAAAAACUAAAAAUAGUCCUAGUGGUCACAUUAAGGAUGAACCUAAAAAAGAUGAUGAUAAUGGUGUGGAUUUGAGUACGCCAAAAGCUAAAGAUGAAAGCAAUUUGGUUAAGCUGCCUGCCCUUCCUCCAUUGACUACUAAGAAAACGGAUGGCUUAGGUAUAUACCAAAAAUCUAAGCAACGAACUUCAUCAAAUGCAAGCAAUCCAAUUACGCCAUCGUCCACAAAUGCACAACUUACCUCAGCUGCUGUUAAUGUGACUCCUCCAACUACUACCAUGAUUAAUGAAUCAAUACAAAAAUUGCAGGAAUCAAGAGAGAAAGUUAAUAAUUCCAGUAAGCUAAUCCCACCUAAAAACUCCGAGAUUAUUAGUCAGCAAAAUGAAUCAGUCCAGAUUCGUGAUGACUAUAAGACAAAACCAGAAAGAUCCAAUAAAGCAGAUCAAUCCGAACGAGCUCCUCCCGCUGAGACAACAUUAAAUGAUGUAAUGACGAAACGUAAUCAAAGUAAAAGUAGAGAUAACCCUCAACCAUCUGAGGAAGGCAAAAAGGGAGUAAAUUCCUUUUUUAGAAAAUUUUCGAAGGGUUCUAGUAGACAAUCGAGUAAUAGCAGUAAUAAAAAUAAAUCACUUGCUGAUGAUAAGAACAUACCUUCUGUUCCAAAACCCGUUGCUCAUCCAGCUUCUCCUGUAUCAACAUCAAAUGACUAUGAUUUCCAAUUAAAGGCCAAUGUUGCUGCUCCUCAAAUGUUUAAGGGUUUAGAUACAUUAUUUCGUGGUUGGUCCAAAUAUGGAUUGAAAAACAUCAAAUCAUCUCCCGAAUCCUUAAGGUUCACUGGUAAAGUUUCUAGUGAAAAUAUCUUAUCUUUCAAAUCUACUGUAUUUGAAUUGGAAAUCAUCAGUAAUAGUGUAAAAACAUGCCUUCUUCGUUUUAAGAAAACAUCUGGUUCGUCUAAAUCUGUUAGAAGAUUAGUUAACGAAGUUGAAAAUGUCCUGAGAAAGGAAGGCGUCUUAUUGAAAUAG